AUGUGUUCAAUGACUGUGCUUCUCUCAGAGGUUCAUGCUGUGAGGGUCAUUGCCAGUGUAGACCCUGAAUUUGCAUCGCAGGAACCUGUACCCUAUGCAUAUCUACACCUCCACCAUGAUGUGCUCCUUAUACCUGUGCGUGAAGGAAGGAUGACCUUCAACGAAUACUCUGGUUCAUUGUUACUUCCCCUAGAGCGAUAUCGUCGUAAGUGCAUGACUGGUGGAACGGCAUGUUUACACGGUUGUGGUUGGCAGGAAUGCACCGGCUCGAAAGGUGGUUUGUGCGAAUCAGAGCCCAGAAACGAGCUUUUGACAGCGACGCUACUUUUCGCAACUGGGAUGGGCUUUUGUGAUAAAUGCCAUCUACAGGCUCUGAUUCAUCGACGACGACUCAGUCUAGUAGCAAAUUGUCAGAGUUUUUACCAUCCACAGUCCACACUCUCAGAAAUGUUUCGUCCGUCGUACCCCCGGAAGAGUGGUAUCGCUCGCUGCUUAAUUUGUUUGACUUUGUACAUGGCCAUGGCUCGCACGAAGAGGAAAAGGACUCAGGAGAAUUCUGGAACUUCGAGAUCUAUUCAUGCAGGAGAUUCCAAUUUUGGUGUAUAA